AUGGUGACCAAAUCGCUGAACGGACCCAGUUUCACCAUCAACCACAUAUUGGGCCGUCUGGAUGUGGACGACGAACGGGACUGCAAGAGCCCCGGACCGUCGACAUCCCGGUCGUUCACCACCGGCAGUGAGGCCAGCGACUGUAGUGGCGACGAUUGUCUGUGCGCCCCGGUCGACUACAGCACGCGGCCCGGUGGCAGCCCUUCGCCGCCGACGACGCCCGGUGACGUGCACCGCCAUCACCGCGGUGGCCAUCACCACCAUCACCACAACAGGCGUCCGCACCCUCCGUCACCGUCCACGACCGAAAUCAAAGAGGAAGACGACGACGACCUGCCCAAAGGCGACAAGUCACCGCAGCGGGACGGCGCCGGCAAGAACAAGGACGAGGCGGCCGCCACACCGACGCCGGUCGACGACAAAAACAAGAAACCCAAUUACAGUUACAACGCUCUGAUAAUGAUGGCCAUAUCGGAAAGCCCGCAGAAACGGCUCACGCUCAGCGGCAUCUACGAAUACAUCAUGAACAAGUUCCCGUUCUACCGGAUGAACACGCCCGCAUGGCAGAACAGCAUCCGGCACAACCUGUCGCUGAACAAGUGUUUCGUCAAGAUACCGCGGAGCUUCGACGACCCGGGCAAAGGUAACUACUGGAUGAUCGACCCGAACAGCAGCGACGUGUACAUCGGCGGCACCACCGGCAAGCUGCGCCGCCGGUCCACGCAAUCGUCCCGGCACCGCAUCGCGUACCGUCCACCGAUGCCGCCGCACAGCGUCAUGCCACAGUCGCAUCACCAUCACCAUCACCACCACGCGGCCGCCGCAGCCGCUGCCGCCGCCGCAGCUUUCUACCAUCACCGCGGCGGACCGCCUCACCAUCCCGCGGCCGGCGCUUCCGGCUGGCCCGGCGUGGCCGACUACCCGUCCGCCGCGGCCGCCGCGGCCGGCUUCGACUACCUGCACCAGUACUUCUGGCCACAGUCCGCCGGCGCGUACCAGCAGCAGCAGCAACAGCACCAGCAGCGGCCGUCGCCGUCACCGCCAGCCACGUCCACCGGUUACUCGAUCAGUCAGCUGCUCAGGCCCACCCUGCAGGUGCCGCCCAGGAGGCCCACGGCCGUCAUACACCCCGCGGCCGCCGGCGCCCUGCUCCAGGCCACCAUGAGCAGACACCAUCAUCAUCUGCAGCAGCAGUAG